AUGGCAUCGCUGCGAGCAAACCGAUUGGCCAAGGAACGCCAAAAGAUCGAUAGGCAGGGACUGCCACCGGGAAUCGACCUCAUAUCUGGCGAAGAUAUGCGAGAGUGGCAAUUUGAUAUCCGCGUGCUUGACGGCAACCCUCUCUACCACAACCAGAUAUUCCGGCUCAAGAUUGUCUUUGGCGACUCGUACCCCAUCGAGCCGCCAGAGGCCACAUUUGAGCUAGGGCCAGACCGUCACAUCCCCAUGCACCCACACAUAUACUCGAACGGAAUCAUCUGCCUCGACCUGCUCGGCAACCAGGGCUGGAGUCCGGUCCAAAGUGCUGAAAGUGUCUGCAUGAGCAUCCAGAGCAUGCUGACCAGCAAUACAAAAGACGAAAGACCCCCAGAUAAUGACCAAUUUGUCAAGGGCAACCGUCGACGUCCUCGUGACAUUGAUUUUGUCUACCACGAUAACACCGUCUAA